AUGUCUGGGUCACCAACAGAAACACCACUAUCAGCAAAGGUCACUCUCCUGUCAUCCUCUUCCUUUCGAGCAGAUGAUAUUCUUCGUUCCAAGCUUUCCACUCAAGAGAACACAGUCCCUCCUGUCUUCCAUUCUUUACCUCCGAAAUUUCCAAGCGAUAAAGAACCCCCCAUCACUAUGUCUCCCAGUCUACCACAGAUCCGCCCUCCAGCUUUCUCUCCUCUGGUUAAUAUAAAGCACAUCACACCAUUUGAACACAACAAAAAACCGCUCUUUCGUGCUCGUCAAGCAUCCGAACCUCCACCUACUCUGGAUGUAAAGGCUGCUCGGUCACCAUCGCCGCCCUCACCGGUUUUGUCGCCUAGUCGACAGAAACCGGUCCCAAAGGCUCAGUCCGCAUCUUCUGUGGUCUACAAUCCCCUUUCCUCAUACAGUUGGGAUAGCUGGGCGAAACCAGUGUUUGUGAGAGGUCCCGGUUUUCUAGACACUCCGGCGGAAAAUGGGUCUGUUUUGGAGAAUAAACAAUCUCAACCACAAGACCCUUACCCACCUGCUCCUCCACCUAUCCUGUACUAUGAUCCUUUCUUGGGUCAAUAUGUCGCUACACCGGGGUAUCAUACAGUGGGAAGGUAUUCACAGACUUUGGGUCGGCGUCAACCAUCCAGGCGGCAGCAUCAACAGCAUAGAUCGGUUGGUCAUUACUCCACUUGUAGGACAAAUAGAUCUACUUCAUGUCUCUCCACGUAUGCACCGGAUUCGAUGUCGGGGCGACAGUAUCCACUGGAUGAACACCUUAUCGGGAAUGUGGUUCCAUAUCAACAGGCACAGGCGCCAAUACCACGGUCAGCAACACCACAGAGGACUGUACCACUACGUCCGAACUAUCGAAACGAGAGUGAGAUGCGAUUAGAUAAAAAGACAUACUUGGUAUCCAGUGGAACGGAUGACAUUCCAAUUCAACUGGUUGACACAUUGUCGCCUAGAAAGCAGUCUUACAACUUUAACAACAUCAGGAGUGACAACGCCGACCCUUUGGAAUCCAUUUCACAAGUCUAUAUUCCCCCCACAAUGGUAGUCUCUCGCCCGAGUACAAUUCCCGUUAAGUCAUCAGACGAUCCAAUAAGAUACACUAGUGACGUUGUGCGUUCUCUAAACCGACAGACAUUCAAAAUGGGUCAACGGCAGUCGAAGGAGGGUGCGUUGUCACCUCGAGAUCACUAUUUAGAGGUUGUAAAUGGACCUUCACACCCAAGAGUGAGCGAAAAAUACGUCUUUCCCAACUCUAGCUUGAAUGGAGGUGAAAGGCGGCCUGGAGUGAUGGAUUUGGUGAAAAAGUACUCGCAAUAUGAGGAGGCCGCCUACGAACCACAGAUGAGAAAUCCCAGACGAGUAAUGGAUAGCAGGAAUAAUGUUGAAGAUUUCGCAGCAAUUUCGAGUAAUAUGAGCUAUAACGAGGCGAUGGCAAGAAAGCCGUAUAUACGUUGA